CUUCACAAACCAAUUGAGCAUUAUCCUCUUCCUUAAUUCUCCUAACAAAUUACAUUCCCAUCUUCCUCUUUUCCAGAGGACAAUCAAUAUUCACACAGAACAAGAAGUUUCUCUUCCUCAAGCUUUACCAUAGAAACUAAACAAAAGCAAUGGCGAACGCGGCGUCAGGGAUGGCAGUGGAAGACAACUGCAAGCUGAAGUUUUUGGAGCUAAAGAAAAGAAUCUUUCGGUUCAUAAUAUUCAGGAUUGACGGGCAGCAAGUGGUGGUGGAAAAGUUAGGAAACCCCCAAGAGACUUACGAUGAUUUCACCGCUUCCCUCCCUGCCGACGAGUGCCGCUAUGCGGUUUUCGAUUUCGAUUUUACCACCAAUGAAAAUUGCCAGAAGAGCAAAAUCUUCUUCAUAGCCUGGUCACCGGAUUCAUCUAGAGUGAGGAUGAAGAUGGUGUACGCAAGCUCUAAGGAUAGGUUCAAGAGAGAAUUGGAUGGCAUUCAGGUGGAGUUGCAAGCCACUGAUCCUAGCGAGAUGAGUUUCGACAUUAUCAAAAGCCGAGCUCUCUAGAUCUUUUCGUUGUUUUUCAUCAAAAAAGCAUCUAAGAUAUCAUCUUUCGUAUUUCUGAUAUUCCAAAAAAGAAAAAAACUGAAACAUUUUUCAGUAUUAUGUAAUUUCCUUGGUUUAAGAACUGAAUUGCUCAUCGUCGUUUUCAUUCAUA